CGAGUGGCGGUUUUUUGCCCGACGCUGGAGCUAGAGAGUCGCCCGAAAAGGCGGAGGCGAAGUUGGGCGGAGCGGCUGGCGGAGCUUUCUUCUUUUCGGGCCCCGCAGCAGACACGCGAGGGGACGGAGGGAGAGGCCACCGAGCAGGGGCCGAGGAGGGUCUCGCCAUGGCGAUCCGCAAGAAGACGAACAAGAACCCUCCGGUGCUCAGCCAUGAGUUCGUCGUGCAGAACCACGCGGACAUCGUCUCCUGCAUGGCCAUGGUCUUCCUGCUGGGGCUCAUGUUCGAGGUUACAGCCAAAGCAGCUGUUGUCUUUGUUACACUUCAGUACAAUAUUACCAUUCCUGUUACAGAAAACCAGCCUACAGAAACAGUGACAUUAUAUCAUUAUGGUAUCAAAGAUCUGGCUACUGUUUUCUUCUACAUGCUAGUGGCAAUAAUCAUACAUGCUGUUAUUCAAGAAUAUGUGUUAGAUAAAAUUAACAGGCGAAUGCAUUUUUCCAAAACAAAACACAGUAAAUUCAAUGAAUCUGGACAACUCAGUGCAUUUUACCUUUUCUCUUGCGUCUGGGGAACAAGCAUCCUUGUGUCGGAAAACUAUGUAUCGGAUCCAACAUCACUCUGGAGAGACUACCCACACACAUCAAUGCCGUUUCAAAUGAAGUUCUUUUAUAUCUCACAGAUGGCAUACUGGUUUCAUGCCUUUCCAGAAUUCUAUUUUCAGAAGAUAAAAAAAGAAGACAUUCCUCGCCAGCUUGUUUACAUUGGACUAUAUCUUUUCCAUAUCACUGGAGCUUAUCUGUUAAAUUUGACCCAUCUUGGUCUUGUUCUUCUUGUGUUACAUUACUUCGUGGAGUUUCUGUUCCAUAUCUCCAGACUUUUUUACUUCAGUGAUGAAAAACACCAGAAAGGGUUUACAUUGUGGGCUGUUCUUUUUGUUUUGGGAAGACUCCUGACCUUAAUUCUGUCUGUCCUUACUGUUGGAUUUGGCCUUACUAGAGCAGAGAAUCAAACUUUGGAUUUUAGUACUGGAAACUUUAAUGUGCUACCAAUCAGAAUCAGUGUGCUGGCAUCAAUCUGUUUAACACAGGCCUUUAUGAUGUGGAAAUUCAUUAAUUUCCAAUUAAGAAGGUGGAGAGAACAUUCUUCCCCUCCUCAACCAAUGAAAAAGAAGUUUAUGACAACAAAAGGCAAGCUAUCGAAAAAAGAAAGAGAAAAUGGAAUCAAUGGAACAUUAACUUCAAAUGGAGCAGACUCACCUCGCAACAGAAAAGAAAAAUCGUCUUAAAACAGAACUUUAUUAAAUUAAUUGACUAAUAUCCCCAAAGAGAACUGCUUUUUACUUGGAAGGUCCUUCAGCACCAUAGUUCCUACUGUUAACAAAAAAAUAUAAUAAAAUUAAUGCCUUUUUGAUUACUGA